GUGUGUUUUUUGUUCUUCUCGGAGUAAAAAUGGCCGCUUGUUAAAAUAUCUACUUUCUUUAUUGUUUGCCAAAGAUUCAACAGUGGAAACUCAUCUGUGACUAUUGUGCGUCUAUUUCGUUACAAAAACAACCCCGUCAGCGCUAUUGCGUCUUUUGAAGUGAAAUAGAUCCGUGCGAUUGUGGGAAAUUUGAUCAUAGUCACAGCAGAACUCUGCACGUUCAUCAAUUUGUGCUUGCGGAGCAUUUUCCAGGCACAAAAGCAUUCAAUCAUCUUGGAACUUUGGUGGUUGUCCAGGAGCACCCCCGGAAGGCAGCCUGAGAAAUGAUGCAUCACAACAACCCGACGCAUCAUCCGCACAUGCAUCCGCAUCUCCAUCCCAGCCUCCAGCAGCAGCAUGCGCAGCACCUGGGCCAGCAGAUGCCCCACCACAUGGCGCCCAGCAUGGGCCACUCGGCUCCCGGGCAGCACCACGGCUUCCCACGCGAGCAGAUAAAUAGGUCAUAUCAGAGGAUUAAUCAACACCAGAUUCAUCAGAAUCAUGGCCGGGUGGCGAAGGCGCAGAGUGCACAUCACAAUUCUAUGAUUAUUGGGCAGCACAUGAAACCGGGGAGACACAGUGUGAUGGGCGGCGGUGGAGUGCCAGCGCAGAUGUCAUCGCACCAUCACAAGAAGCAACAUCAGCAGAAAUCUGCGCCUCCACUGCAAGUUCCACCAAAUCAAAGUUCUCAGGCAACACAGAGACUUUUGCAGACUAUCGAGAUCAAGACGGAAGUGUCGACGAACAACAAUCCGCCACAAGAAGGACCAAAUAUCCCAACGGUGUCUGUUGUCUCGGCGGCGGCAGUCAUGACGUCGCUGGACAUCAAACCAAACAUUGAUAUAUCUGGUCCUGAAGAUCCGUCGACGGACAACACAUCGCAGUCUGCAACAUCUGAAACCUUGGCAAACAUUAAAGAGAAAACUCCGAUGUGUCUUGUAAAUGAAUUAGCACGGCACAACAAGAUUCAACACCAAUAUCGACUAACUAGCGAGCAGGGUCCGGCGCACAAGAAGAAAUUCACCGUGAUACUAAAGCUGGGCGAGGAGGAAUACACAGCUGAGGGUCCGAGCAUAAAGAAGGCUCAGCACACAGCCGCGGCGGAUGCCAUCAGUGCCACGAAGUACAAGCACCCGCCGACAAAGACGAAUCGCAUUCGGGGUGGGAAAGUGGAGAGUCAUGUGGGAAAUAUCACACCGACGGUGGAGCUCAAUGCGCUGGCCAUGAAGCGUGGCGAGCAGACAAUUUACAUGAAUGACCAUCCCAUUAGGGGGAUGAAUGGCAUGCAGCCGUACGCGCAGACGAGCGGCAAUGGCGGCUUCCUGCCCACGCAUCCGCUCACGCAGCAGUACAACAGCCAUCAGUAUGGGAACUAUCACAGUCGCAAUGUGGCCGGCGUAUAUCAGCAUCAGCUGUCACGCUUUCAGGGCUUCGACAAAAGGCCUCUGACCAGAAGUUUCCCGCAAAGGAAUGUUGCGUCUUUCGGCCACUUUGGCGGCAACAGCUUCGAGCCAUAUCGCGUCACAUUGACCGUGGGCGAGAGGAAGUUCGUGGGCGUAGGGGCGACGCAACAAGCGGCCAGACACGAUGCCGCGGCGCGAGCACUGGAGGUGCUGAAGCCCAUCACGACGGACAGUCCGAGUCAGGAUGUUUCGCUGGUUGAGGAUAUCAAUACGGAGCUGAAGUCGCCGAUAUCGCUGGUGCAUGAAAUGGCGCUGAAAAGGAAUCUCACGGUGGCAUUUGAGGUGAAGAUGGAGAAGGGACCGCCACACAUGAAAGUCUUCAUUACAAUCUGCAACGUGGGCACACUAAAGACUGAAGGGGAGGGAAAUGGUAAGAAGAUAUCGAAGAAGAGAGCAGCUGAAGCGAUGCUAGAGGAAUUGAAGAAAUUGCCGCCAAUUUCACCAACUCUGCGAGUCAUUAAGCCGAAGAGGAAGCCUCAAGAUGUGGUUAAGAAAAAAUCACGAAACUUGAUAAAGGAGAAGGACGAUCCUGAGUACACGGCUGAGGUGAAUCCCAUCUCCAAGUUGAUACAGAUACAGCAGUCGAAGAAGGAGAAGGAGCCAAUCUACACAGUGGCCGAGGAGCGAGGCGUUCCGCGUCGGCGAGAGUUUGUCAUUGAAGUGGCGGCCGGUGGCUAUUCGGCGGUGGGCGUUGGCUCGAAUAAGAAGGUGGCAAAGAGAUUGGCGGCUGAGAAUCUCCUGGCGCUCAUGGGCUACGUGACGAAUGACAAGGAGAAGAGUGAGGAGAGUGAAGCUUCUGUGGCGUCUGUGGACAAAUCCAAGAAGGUCACUUUCCAAGAGCAGUCAGACUCGAGUGCUUCGAGUCAGGAAAGUCAGGGCGGCAGUGCUGGACGGCAACUCGUGCCGGGAUUGCUGCUGAUACAGCAGAAAGACGCUCCGGCGAAGGGUGUGAAGAAUCCUGUGCUCAAUCCACAGACAACGGCGGCCAUUGCCAAGGAGAUUUUGGCCAGUGGCACGUCACCAACGGCGGAUGCGCUCACAAAAGGCGGCGGCGACUCGCAGGCGAACAACAAUAACAAUGAGAAGACUAGUGAACCCAGUUCGCCGGCUGUGGCAGAGGGGAUUCGACCUAAGGAUCAACUGCUCUAUCUGGCACAACUGAUUGGUUUCAAUGCUCAAUUUUCGGACUUUCCCAAAGGCAAUCACGGUGAAUUUCUAACACUGAUCACUCUGUCAACUGAUCCGCCGCAAUUGUGUCACGGUUCUGGCAACAGCAUAGAAGCGUCGCACGAUCAGGCGUCCACGAAGAUGUUGACGAUGCUCAGCAAACUUGGUCUGGACAAUGUUCAUCCCGUCAAUGCACAGCCAACAUCAACGUCUCCAGUUGAUGACAAGAAGCCCAAACCAAUUCUCAGUAAUGGUUUAAAGAAGUGAAUUGCUUUCCGCAUACUUACGGAAAAGAAUAAAACUCAUCUGUAAGUAAUAUCAUUUGGUUCAUCAAUUCGUAAUUUACACACACACACAUACACUCUUCUGAAGUACCUUCAUAAAGUCCUUUUCAUGCUAUCUUUAUUCAUUUUAAAAAUAUUACUUUAAGAAGAAAAGAUAAAAACUGAAGCUUGCUUUCAAAUAGACAGGAAAAUGCAAUAAAAUUAUCAAAAUAUUUAAUUAGUCUAUGUCUUCUGUGCAACAAAACAUUUUUUCUUGUUUAUAUUAGUUGGAUUAUUUGUGUAACUUUUCUGAGAUGUUAUGAGAGAAACCUUGGUUGACUCGAAAAGAAAUCAUUACUGACUUGUAUUUAGCCUGUUUGAGAAAAAACGAGAGAGUGGGAGAGAAGAGAAAAUAAUAACCAUCUCAAUAUUUGCGAGAUUCUGAGCAGUGAAAGAAGGCGAAAGAAAUUUUGGGCAAUGAAUUGAGAAUGUUGAUGAAAUGACAAAGGAAUUGAAGGAAUGAAAAGUAUUAUUUUUCUCACUUUGUAACACCCAAAAAUGUGUUUUUUUUUCUUGAGUUUCUUGACACCCUCGAGUUUCUCAGAAAAUAUUCUGAUGGUUAAUAAACAUGAAUUGCACUCAGGUGCAAGAGAAUGAAAAAGAACAAAGGAAGAGGAAGAGGUGAAGAUUUUUAACACGCGGCGAUUAACAGUAGAAGUCCCUGUAUUAAUUUUAACAAUUAAUGUGUUGAUAGAAUAGAGAUUAUAAAAAAAUCUGAGACACACAUAAAACCAGUGAAGUAAACUUUCUGAAUAACGUGAAAGAAGUUAAAUGAAACUUCAUAAAAAUGAAUUUUAAGAAAAUUUCACAAUCUUCUUUAUGAACAUUUCCUUUUAUCAACUUGCAAAUUAAGCUGCUGCAGAAGAUUGUCAAUUAUUUCUUUGAAUUUCAUUGCUUAUCUUUCUUUCAAAGAUUAAAGAAAUUGACAGAAAAAGAGAGAUGAAAAUGUGGAAUAAUGUUGAGAUUGAUGUUAGAAAUUGGCCAAUAUUUAUUUUUGACCUGUUAUUGAGGAGUUUUUUUUUUAAGUUUCCAAUGAGUUCCUUUCACGAAACGAGUGAAACAAGAUAAUGUAUAAAGGAAAUGUCAUAAAAUAAGUUAUUGAAAAAAAAAGAUGAAACAGAGAUAUAAAUAAAUAUGAAAAAAAAACAAUGUGUAAAUGUUGAAAGAGAAUAUCUGUAUGUGAAAUACCAUAAAACAUUUUUCUACUUUGUGAACUAUGUUUUUUUUUGUCAAGCUUACUAUACUUUUUAUCUUACUAUCCAUAAGUUUAGAUAAAUCUGUCCCGUAUCUCCAAAAUCAUUUAAUAUUUAUUGAGAGAAAAUUAUCGUGAGAUACGCAGAAAUUAGCAAACAAAACUGUCUUUGAUGUUGAUUUGAAAAUUGUUUAAAAGAAAGAGAUAUUUUAGUAAAUUCUCACCAGCAUGAAUUUAUUUUACAAAGAAAGAUUCGAUGAAAGAAGUGGAAAAAAUUAAAACAUGAGAGAAACGUUAUAAUUGUUGAAAAAAUAUGAAGAAAAGUAUAAUUUCAUAUGAGAAAAAUGUGAGAAAGAGAUGUAAAAACAUUUGUUGAUUUCAUUUCGUUUGAUGACACUUUUUUCCUUCGAAAAUAAAAGUUUAUGUGUCUAAUUGCGGGGUACAGACAGAUAAAUUAUAUUAUUAAAAUGAAAUUUAUUAUAUUAAUUUUGCCAACUAGAAGAAGAAGAGAAAAACAUCACGAGAACAUUUCAUUGUGAAUUAAGUAUUAAUGAAAUAAUGAAAAUAUGAAUAAUCAUGUAAUCUUCUUCUAUUUAUAUAUUGAUAUAUUUGCAAACAUCUUCUAACUCAUUUUAAAGUGUAUUUUUGCGCGAUCGUUGUUUUUAUUGCCCUUUUUCGCCAUUGGAUAGGAAAUUGUGUAGAAAUUGAGGAUAAAUUGUUGCUGCGCCGUUUUCUACACAAUUUCCUCUCCGCAUGUCUUUAAAUCAUAUACAUAAUAUGUUUAUGUAUAUAUUAAAACAAAUGAAAUCAAUAAAAGUAUGUUAGUAAUUGUA